UUCCAGCUGAAGAAUGAAGUUGACAACCAAAUUAUCUGGAAGAGUUUUGAUUAUCCAGCUAACAUUCUUUUACCUGGUAUGAAACUCGGGUAUGACCUUAGAACAGGCCGUAAUUGGAGCCUAACGUCAUGGCUAAGCGAUGAAAUUUUUUAUUCUGGUGCUUUUACUAUGAGUUGGGAAUCCAAUGGAGAAGAUUCACAGAGAUUGUUGAUUCGACAGCGGGGGCAGCCAUAUAGGACCAGUGGGGAUUUGAAUAAUCAAUCAUUCGAGUUUAUGAGUGUGAACAAUCCCUUUAGUCAAUACUGGUACAAUAUCAGCUAUGUGUAUAAUAAUGAAGAAAGAUAUUUCAGUUACCAUAGCUUCAAUGGUGUUAGACCCAUGUGGAUUUUGACUGCGACGGGACGGGUUUUAGACGGUGAUAGCAGUAUGUAUUUGAGCUUCUCUGAGUUUUGUUAUGGGUAUGAUUCGGGUAAUGGGUGUGUCGCAGGUUCUAAUUUGCCUGAUUGUAGGAGUAAAGAUAAUAAUUUUACUCUAAUGAAUGGGGACUUUACUCCUGGCACAUUUGAGGUUACACCUGAUGAUAAUUCAAGCCUAAGCUUUAGCGAUUGUAUGGUGAGAUGCUGGAAUGAUUGUCGUUGUUUGGCGUUUGACUCUCGUGACAAUGGAGUUGGAUGUAACAUAUGGACAGGAACCGAAUCAGCCAAUUUUGUAGUUAAUCCACAAGGGACUUCGGUUCGAAAAUAUGUGCUUCUUUCUCCAACUCCGAGCAAGGGAAAGGAUGCUAAAAUCGUGAUUUGGGCACCCGUUGUUGCUGGAAUUUUUCUACUUCUCUUUUGCUUCGGUCUAUUGUGGUAUCGUAAAAAUAGAAAGCUUAAACGAGAAGAAGAGAGACAAGAGGACGAUGACAGACAUUUUCUUGAGCUGAUGGCUUCGGAAAGCUUUAAGAAUUCAAGUGAUACUGAUAGAGGUGGCAGAAAAGGAAGAGAUAUGGUAGUGUUCAGCUUUGCUGCUAUAGUGACAGCCACAAAUGAUUUCUCCGAUGAAAAUAAGCUUGGACAGGGUGGUUUUGGACCCGUUUAUAAGGGGAAACUUAGCGAUGAACGAGAAAUUGCAAUUAAAAGGCUUUCAAGAACAUCAGGACAAGGGCUUGUGGAAUUUAAGAAUGAACUCAUACUUAUUGCCAAACUUCAACAUACAAAUCUUGUUCGAGUCCUAGGUUGUUGUAUUCAUGGAGAAGAAAAGAUGUUGAUUUAUGAGUACAUGCCCAACAAGAGUUUAGAUUUCUUUCUCUUUGAUGAAACCAGGAAGGCGCUACUAGACUGGCCAAAACGAUGGAAUAUUGUUGAAGGAAUUGCUCAGGGAUUGCUUUACCUACAUAAAUACUCGAGAAUGCGGGUAAUCCAUAGGGAUCUUAAAGCUAGUAAUGUUUUGCUAGAUGAAAACAUGAACCCCAAGAUUUCUGAUUUUGGUAUGGCGAGAAUAUUCAAACAAGAUGAGACUCAAGCAAUGACCCAAAGGGUUGUUGGUACAUAUGGUUACAUGUCUCCUGAGUAUGCAAUGGAUGGGACUUUCUCGGUGAAGUCGGAUGUCUUCAGCUUUGGAGUCUUAACCUUGGAAAUUGCUAGUGGAAGAAGAAAUACGAGCUUCUCCCAUCUUGACAAGACGGUCAAUCUUAUCGGAUAUGCAUGGGAGCUAUGGCAACAAGGGGAUGCAUUGCAAUUACAAGAUCCAACACUGGCCGAUAGUUGUGUUGUACACCAAUUGUUGAGGACUAUUCAUGUUGCACUUCUUUGCGUACAAGAAAACGCAGUUGACAGGCCAGAAAUGUCCGAGGUGAUAGCUAUGCUUAUCAACGAUACUAUGUUGUUACCUGUCCCGAAAAGACCAGCAUUCUUUUUUGGUGGAACCGUGUCUAAGUCAACUUCAGUCGAAGGGAAGGAAGAGGGCGACUCUGUAAACAACAUAACAAUUACACAAAUGGAGGCUCGGUAG